AUGGCCUUCGAUACUUCUAGGCCCUCAACACAGAAUGGCGGCUCUCGCCCACCUACUUCACGUUUCGUCGAGGGUUCUAUGAACGAUCGAGUCAGCGCUGCACCACCCAAACAAUUCCUCGAGCCUGGUCAGCUCAAAGAGUACGAAAAGCAGUUCUACGCUGAGUCUUCAAUAUUCCAACGAGAUGCACGCAAGACACGCCGGCCGUUCUCCGAGAGUAGCAUGUCUCCGAGAGCCAAGCUACAAGACCACAUCAUCACUCAUAGGAAAUCGACGGGCUUCUUUGGCCGAGUUCGAGAUGCCUUGGGAUGGACCUCUUCGUCGUCUUCUUCUUCUCGGAGCAGUGGUAGUACGCACAAGAUGGAACAAGUGAGGAAACAUAAAAGCCUUCAAGAACCACUUCAGCGUCAAACCCCUCCAGCACCGCAACCGGAACAUCUUCGAGCUGCUAAAUCCCACUCUGAGAUGUACAACCUCCCGCAUCUGCCCAACUUGGGUAACGGUGCUACCCGCCCAUCACGGGAAGAUGUCUUAGAAUCAUACAACCAACUAAUGGCGAGCGGCUUCUUUCAAUCUCAUGCCAUACACUCCACCCGCCACGCUGCUCCAGGAAGCCGUAGUCGUGACCGCUAUUCUACGCCACCGAUGCCUUCGAUACCAGGCUCCGGACCUUGCUCCCCGCAACCUCCUCCGCGUACCUCUUCCAUAGACGCCACCAAUAUUUUCAGGGCGGCUAGGUUGCCUGGCUCGCCGUUAAGGGCAAGCUUUCAAGGACGUAGAAUGGAAACACCAGAGCCGGAGGACGAGCCGAUGCAUAUACCAGGUGCCUAUGAUAUUCGUCGUCCUACUCUCCGUAGCCGCAAACGCAGCAGAUUAGAUACGGAAGACCCAGCAAGCGUCGAGGCACCAGGAACGUCUACGUCGUCAUCUUUUGUCGAACCGCUUAAGAGGGUAGCAAAGAAGUUACGCAAGAUGCCGUCCCCGAUUAAGGAUCUACAGUCGUCAGAUAGCUUUCUCCAGCUCCCGCCGUCGCCUACGAUUUCUACUCGUGGUACGUCAUACUUGAAGGAGAUAACCGUGCGCAUGCGAUCGUCGUCUCCAGCACCGGCACCGGUACCAGUACCAGUACUAGUACCAGUAUCUCGAGAUAUGGUUAGCAGGCGGGUUGAGCGAAUCGAGCGGAUUGAGCACCAGCACCCGCGUAGAUCUCUCUCCAAUAGCAGCCGAGACGGCAGUAGACUGCGAAAGCGUGGCAAGUCGUCGUCUCUGCGAUCGCGGACUUCAUCAACAGAAUCUGAAAACUGGGAAGUUCUUGGGGACCGCUCGUCUAUGGACAUAGACGUCCGACAAGACGAGAUGGAUAUAUUCCCUCCACGAUCACGAGAGCUGCCGCCUCUAAGCGUCGUACCCGAUGCAAAUCGUGGCAUUCCUAUGGUCCCGCGUAUCCCAGACCAGUACAGCUACCACAAGCCCCGUAUCUACUACCACCAAGACGAGAAUAUGGGAGCAAACUGCUUUUAUGGAGAGGCGCUAUAA